GUGUGUGCAUGUGUUCAUAUUUGCUGAGGAGGGACUGCAUGCAUGCUAGAAUGUGUGUGAUUGUAUUUGUGUGCAUGUGUAUAUGUGGGUGUGCACCUGUGUGUUAAACCAGCAUUGUUCCUGAUAGAGGGAAAGCUGUGCCGCGCUGUUUGAAGAAUCCAAGGUCAUUGGAGAAUAGUCUUAUGUGAGCGUGCAUGUGUGAAUGAGUGUCUAUGAGAGAGUGAGCGUGUGUGUGUCUCUCUCUCUUCCUUUCUCUCUGGCUGUGUGACAGAGAAAGAGGCUUCAGGCAAAGAACAGUGAAUUUCAUCUGCUUUUCAUCAAUGUACGGUGUUUGUGGAUGUUGUGGGGCCCUGAGACCCCGUUAUAAGAGACUGGUGGAUAACAUCUUUCCUGAAGACCCUGAGGAUGGUUUGGUGAAAGCUAACAUGGAGAAGCUUACUUUUUAUGCCCUGUCUGCUCCAGAGAAACUAGACCGCAUCGGCUCCUACCUGUCAGAAAGACUUUCCAGAGAUGUUGCCCGCCACAGAUAUGGGUAUGUUUGUAUUGCUAUGGAGGCUUUGGACCAGCUGCUGAUGGCCUGUCACUGUCAAAGUAUAAACCUUUUUGUUGAGAGUUUCCUCACUAUGGUGCGCAAGCUACUGGAGGCAGACAAACCCAACUUGCAGAUCCUGGGCACUAACUCAUUUGUGAAAUUUGCAAACAUCGAGGAAGACACAGCUUCAUACCAUCGCAGCUACGAUUUCUUUGUCUCACGCUUCAGUGAGAUGUGCCAUUCCAGUUACGAAGAUCCAGAUGUUCGCACAAAGAUUCGUAUGGCAGGUAUCAGAGGUCUGCAGGGUGUGGUGAGGAAGACUGUCAAUGAUGAACUGCAGGCAAAUAUUUGGGACCCUCAACACAUGGAAAAAAUAGUGCCAUCCCUUCUGUUCAACCUCCAGCAGGAAAAAGUCAUAGAGAGAUCUCCCUCUCCAGGGACAGAGAAGGAAAGUCCAGUGGAGCUGACUGAGAGGUGUUUCAGAGAGCUGCUGGGACGAGCAGCUUAUGGCAACAUAAAGAACGCCAUCAAACCCGUGCUCAUGCACCUUGAUAACCAUUCACUCUGGGAGGGCAAAACAUUUGCCGUUCGCUGUUUCAAAAUCAUUAUGUACUCCAUUCAGUCCCAACAUUCGCAUUUGGUGAUUCAGCAGCUGUUGGGUCACUUGGAUGCCAACAGUAAGAGCUCCGCCAGAGUGCGUGCUGGGAUUGUGGAGGUGAUCUCAGAGGCAGCGGUUAUAGAGGCCAGUGGCUCCAUAGGACCGACAGUACUGGAGGUGUUUAAUACUUUACUGAAGCAGCUCAGACUCAGUGUGGACUAUGAACUCACUGGAUCCUAUGACUCUUUUGGAAACAUGGGAACCAAUGUCAUUAAAGUGCACGAGGAGAGACAACUCCAAGAAUCCGUCAUCAAAACUAUUGGCUCAUUUGCAAACACGCUUCCUACGUACCAGCGCUCAGAAGUUAUGCUAUUCAUCAUUGGUAAAAUUCCUGUGCCAGGGAUGUAUCCGGCUCUGGGGUUGCCCAACACAGGGGUUGAGGGCAGUAGGAUGAUACAGAUUAUGCUGCUAAAAUCUCUGCUGCAGGUAACAGCAGGAUUCCAGUCUACGAACAUUCUGACCGCUCUGCCCACCUCAUUCCUGGACCCGCUCUUGUCCUUUACUCUGAUGGAGGACGCGGAGAUCCGGCUGCUCGUUCUUGACAUCCUCAUCAGCAUCAUUGAUCGCCAUGACAACCGCCAAAAAUUCUCCCCUGUCAGAAUUGUGUCAGAUAUCGCUGUACUGAAGCUGAAAGUGGACAAGUGCUCAAGGCAGGACAAUCUCUUUAUGAAGAAACACAGCCAGAGGCUGUACCGCCACAUUUACCUGGCCUGCAAAGAGGAGAGCAGCGUCCAGUGGCACUUUGAGUCUCUUUAUACACUGUUGGGGUUGAUCUGUGUUGAGCUGGCCAAUGAGGAGGUGGUGGUGGACCUGAUUCGACUGGCUUUGGCCUUACAGGACCUGGCCUUGACUGAAGACGCACUUCCUUUGUACAACCUCUGUGCCAUCCACGCUCUGUCAGCUGCAUACCUGAAUCUCAUCAGCCAGCUGACCACUGUGCCCACCUUCUGCCAACAUGUCCAUGAGGUGAUUGAAUCAAGAAAGAAACUGGUCCCCUUCCUGCUGCCUGAGGAUGUGCUUGCUGAGACCUCAAAGAUCCCAGAGAAGUUGGAGAAUGUGGAGGGUGAAGUGCUGUUCAUGCAGGCUAAGAUAGCAGAGAUGCUGGGUGGCAGUGGAUACAACACAGAGAGACUGGCCACUCCAUAUAUCCCACAGAUCACAGAUGAAGACAGACUAUCCAAGAGGAAAAGUAUUGGUGACACUAUUUCUCUACAGUUAGAGAUCGAGUCUGGGCAGAGUCCAGAAAAAGAGCAGAGAUCCUCAGCAGAGCAGAUCACAUUUGAAACCCUUAAACAAGCCAUUGUAGACAGUGUGAGUGUGGAGGAGCUGGAAAGAGAGCGCAGAAGGCAGGUGGUGGAAAGGUUUCAGAACGCUCCAUUUGAGGAGAUCGCAGCACACUGUGGGGCCCGGGCUUCCCUGUUGCAGAAUAAACUCAACCAAAUCUUUGAAAUCACAAUCAGGCCUCCUCCAAGUCCAUCUGGCUCUGUCGGCAACGGUCGGAGUCGUUCCGUACCAGUCUAUGAAAUGAAGUUUCCUGACCUCUGUGUGUACUGAGAGAGCCUGGAGCCAGUCACCACAUACAAACCUGUUUUUAUGCCUACAAUAUUAUCACUCCUUAAUGUCCAGGUGAAACUCAAUGGUGUCCUUUAGUUUAAUGUCUUUAUAUAAAGAUAAAAGCUUUACUUUAUCCAGAGAUCUUCACCAAAACAGACAACCAAACCAAGAGAAUGUACAUUGGUUAAAUAUGCACUGUAUCACUAUAAAUGACAAUGCUCACACAACUUAAUCUAAUUGCAAAUGUAUUGAAUGUGUCUACAAACAAUUGUGUCAUUGUCUGAGAAUACAUAGCAGAAUAGGGGUUUUAUGUGUAAUCAAAUAUCCAGUAAAUACACCAGGUUAUUGUGUAUGUCUGUCGUUCGGAGAAAGUGGUUGAUAUUCUUGUAAAAAUAAAAAGUAUAACUGCCUUACAUAUUUUUAUCUUAAGUUAAGACUUUACAUUUGUUAAAAAAUGAUCUCUGCAUGUUUUCCGUAAAUGUUUUUCAAUGUGUUGAUUAAUUAAGUGAUGUAGAAGUAGGGACAAUAGAGAGAGAGAGAGAGAGAGAGAGAGAGAGAGAGAGAGAGAGGUAGAGGUAGAGAGAGAGAGAGGGGUAGAGAGAGAGAGAGAGAGAGAGAGAGGUAGAGAGAGAGAGAGAGAGAGAGAAGUAUGUCCUUCUGCAUGUUUAAACCCUCUCUAAUUGCUGCAAUAAUAUUUGUAUUUAAAGCAAUAAUAAAUGAAUUGAAUAAUGCAGAUUCUUCAGAGACAAAAGCUGAAGAAAAAGUACAACAAAUAUUUUUUUGCAAACACUCGAUGCAUUAUUGCAGUCAGAACUGACAGCUGAUUGACACACUGUGAGCAAGAGAGUAAAUUCAACAGGUCCUCUAGUGUAUUUGCAUAGUAAAGUCAUGCAAGUUAUGCACUUUUGUAUCUUGCUACUACUGGAAAUGUGAAGGGUAAGAGAUUUUAUUUGCUUAAAAUUCUUGUGAUUGUGUGCUUUUCUCAAAAGAGUGUUUUCCUUUCUGAACCAGAGUGAAGAGGUAAGAUUUCUUAUAGUCCGCAACUAUGGGGGUCCUAGGGGGCCGAUUAGCUCUCUAUUUAUUGUUAAAUUAGCCAUGAUAUUAGUUUGUUUCUUUUGUUACUUGUAUGACUUUUCUCUCUUCAUAAAUGUAUAAAUCUGUAAUUCUAAGAUCACAUCAAGAUUUUUGCUCUCUUGUAUUUUAUCGCAGCACUUUAUAGCUCAUCGUGUAAAUGUGGUGUAUGCUGAAAAAUGUGAUUGUGAUUGUCCAAAGUGAAUUAUCCUUUAUCAUCUCAUCUUUUCCCUGUUUAAUCUUUCCUCUCUAAAAAAGGGUUCCUUGUCAGUCACCACAUGCACUGGGCGUUUUGUCUGUUUUUGUCUUUUGAUUUUAGGUUGAAUCCUUAUUAAGAAUAUUCAAGCAAUGUGGACUGUAAUUAGUAAUGAUUAUGUCAACUUUGUCCCUGUUAUGUGUUUGGGUACCGUCAAUGCAAACUGAUAUGACUUCAGAACUGUGUUCUGUGAAUGUUUGCUUAAAUGAAACCAUUCUUAAGUGAUGUACAUAUGUGGUGUGAAUAAUCAGAAUAUCAAUUAAAGACUAAUUUUAUGAAAUCAAAGUUUGACCUGUCUUU